AAAUGCUUGCUUUGUGUAAUGUUUCUGUGUUGAAGUCGUGUCCAUAAUGUUAGAGCCAUGUUGCCCGAGAGAAUUUGGAAAAUUUUACGCCAGUACAUAGCGUUCCAUGAACUGCUAUGUAUCUUUGGUUUGUCCGUGACAGUGUUCCUUGGUGUUUUCUGGUUUAUUUACACCUCUAUGGUGACUGCAAAUGUCGAAGCCAUACAUCGGUUAGAUUUUUAUUCUAUGCAUUGUGGUCUUAUUAGUGAACGUCUUGCUAAAGAAAUUGAUGACCUUAAUUUGAUGAAGGAAAAACUAUCGUACGAAGUUGCACUGUUAGAGGGAAAGCGAAAUAAUGAUUUGGCUACCUAUAAACAAGUGCAAGCAGAAAUGAUUAAAAUAAAGAAAGAGAAAGUUGUAUUAUCAAAUGAAAUGGCUGUUUUAACCAACUCUUUUCAAAGACUGCAAAAUGAAAUGAUUUAUUCUUCGAAAGAGUUAUCGAUUAGCAAAGCUGAUAUAACAAUAGAGUCCAGUGAAUUGGUUAGAAAAACAAAUAAAGAUACACUAACACUCGACCAAAUGCUGGAUCACAAAUCAUACUCGUGCUGCCAAGCUUGCCUUUUCUCAUUUUACUUGAUUAAGCCAAAAUUAAUGCCAGACGAUAAAAUGCACAGAGAUUUUAUUUACGCUUUAGAAGGGUCAAAGUAUAGAGUACUUGACCCUACAUCAGCAUGUUUGGUUAUAUCCACAGGAAAUUCAAAAAAUCUCGACUCUUUAGAAAAUGUAAAUCAUUAUAACCGUGUCCACUUCGUCCCUUCUUUCGAACGAAUAACCGCCCAUAGUUUUCCUCAUUUUUCUUUAGUUGGACACGAAAUAGUGAAUUGUAGAAUUAGUUUCGAUUUAGUUAUACCAAUUCUUACCUUGACCAAUAAUCUAAGUGAUGAAUCGUCCUUCAAAAAGCUAUCUCCGUUCGUGCCUUUAAAGCGUUACAUCUUGGUGUCUUUCGAAUCUUCUUUACCUAUGAAUUAUAGCUCACAAUAUUCUGAAUUAAGCAAGCAGUUAUCGCGUGCAGUUGCUGGCAAUAAAAUAGUUCUACGGUUUAAGAGUAAACAAAGCAAUGAAAAAGUUUUGAAUUAUACUGAUCUAACCGGAACUUUAAAUUCGCGGAUCAGUUUAUUGUCAAAUUCAACAUUUGCAUUAGUGAUUGGUUCUUCCGUAUCCUCAAUUCAAGCUCGUUUGAUCGAGUCAUUAUCGCAAUCAACAGUGCCAAUAGUUUUAUCUUCUGAUGUAAAAGUUCUUCCAUUCUACGAGUUCAUUGAUUGGAGUUUGGCUGCUGUAGUAAUAGCAGAAGAGCAAAUUCCAAACCUAUCAAAUAUUUUGAGUUCUUUGUCCGACAACGAUUUGAUGGCGUUAAAGAAGCAAUGUCGCGAUAUCUACAUGAUGUAUUUUUUCAAUACCGAAGCAGUUGUAAAUGCGUCACUUGAGGCUUGGAGGUUCAGAUUAGGCCUGCAAGCAAACGCAGCGACGAAUUAUUUCUCGCCUCAUAAGAAAACAAUUUCUCAUCCUGGCUUGUCAUCUAACUCGGACUACCUCCUCAACGCCAGAGACUCACCUCAAUACCCGUCAAACUACUCUUUCCUCAUGAACCAGCACAAACUGUGGAACAACUUCCCUGGUCCAUUCUGGGCUUACCCUCAGGAUCCGGCUAGAGCAUUGUUACCCAGUGAAGCGAAAUUUAAAGGAUCUGAAAAGGGGUUCAGACCAAUUAAUUUCGGAAAGGGAGGCGACGGGAAGUACUUCAAGCUAGCUCUAGGUGGAGAUAUCGAAGCGGAAUCGUUCACAAUUCUGAUUCUAACUUACAAAAGGGAACAGAUGUUGAUGCAGAUGAUUAAGGACUUCGACAAACUGCCAAAUCUGCACAGUGUCAUUGUGGUGUGGAAUGCACCUGGCAAUGUGUCGCACAAUCUAGUCUGGCCAAGCAUAUCAGCGCCCAUACAUGUAGUGAAGGGACCAAAGAAUAGUUUGAACAACCGAUUCUUGCCUUACGAUGAGAUCAAAACAGAAGCAGUUCUGUCACUGGACGAUGACAUGGUACUCACACACGAAGAGAUAUUGCUCACUUUCAGGGUGUGGCGUGAGAACAGGGACAGGAUAGUGGGCAUCCCUGCUAGGGUGCACUCGUGGGACAGUGACUCACUCUCAUGGACUUACAACAACUUCCUCACCUGCGAGAUAUCUCUAGUACUCACUGGCGCUGCAUUCGUUCACAAAUACUACUUCUACCUGUACACUUACUCGAUGCCCAGUGUCAUCAGAGACAGAGUGGAUGAGUACAUGAACUGCGAGGACAUCGCACUCAACUUCCUCGUGUCACACAUCACCAGAAAACCACCAAUCAAGGCCACAGCCAAGCGUACUUUUCUGUGCCAGCAGUGUGGAGAAGACUCCCUCUGGAUAGAUCCCAGUCACAUCCGGGAGAGAAACGAAUGUCUGAACUUCUUCGCUGAAGUGUACGGAUACAUGCCGCUGCUCUCCACACAAUUCAGAGCAGACUCGGUGCUGUAUAAGAAUGUGAUUCCAGAACAAGAUUUGGAAACAUGUUUUGACAAAGUGUAAACAACUGGCUAUAAAAAAAAAUAGAAACAGGAACUUUCGAUCGAGUUUUCAUCAGUAUUUUUUCUGCGGCCUAAAGUAUUGGCAAGUUUCGUCGAUCAAGUUUUGGAUUUAUCUGACUAAAAACGAACUUAUUUCAGUAGCAAAACCUAUUAAGUUGAUAAUCAUUUAAAAAGUUUAAGUUCAAAUAAUCCAACAUCAGAACAAAGCAAUAGAAAUCCGAGUAAAAAUGGAUGAAAAAUGUUAUCAGCGUUUUCAGUUCGAGGAUGACUACAAUUAAAGAAAAGAAUACUAAUUUACUGUUUUAUUUGAAUUCAGAGUUGUAAAAAUAGACUAGUCUAUACAUCAGAUUUAUCUUUUCAUCUUCUAUUGUGCGAGUAGUGUUAGUGCUGUUUUAUAGUUUUAUAAAUUUAAUAGAUCACUUU